AUGUGGGGUGUCUCGCAUCCAGGGGCUGGAACUCUCUCUCUCUUUCUCACACUCGCUUCAGGUUAUAGUUCGUUUCAUUUAUCAUUCUUCUUCUCUUUAUUCUUCAUUUUCCCAUUCUUCUUUCUUUUUGCUUCUUUCCUUUUUCUUCUUCUUUUGCUUUCCAUUCUUUAUCCACUUCUUCAUUUUUCACUUCCUCCUCUUCUUUCUAUUAUUAUUCUUCAGUUUUCCCUUUUUCAUCCAUUUCUUCAUUUUUCAUUUCUUUCUCUUCUUCAUUUUUCCUUUCUUCUUCUUUCGUUUCUUCUUCUUUUUGCUUUCCAUUCUUUAUCCAUGUCUUCUUCUUUCCUUUCUCUGCUUCUUCUUCUUUCCAUUCUUCUUCCUCUGUUAUCCCUUUUUCAUCCACUUCUUUUCUCUAUUGUUUCUCUUCUUCUUCAUUUUUCCUCCUUCUUUCAUUUUUCUUCUUCUUUCUUUUAUUCUUCUUUACUGCUUCUUUCAUCCACUUCUUUUCUCUAUUGUUUCUCUUCAUUUUUCCUCCUUCUUCUUUCAUUUUUCUUCUUCUUUCUUUUAUUCUUCUUUACUGCUUCUUUCAUCCACUUCUUUUCUCUAUUGUUUCUCUUCAUUUUUCCUCCUUCUUCUUUCAUUUUUCUUCUUCUUUCUUUUAUUCUUCUUUACUGCUUCUUUCAUCCACUUCUUUUCUCUAUUGUUUCUCUUCAUUUUUCCUCCUUCUUCUUUCAUUUUUCUUCUUCUUCUUUUUUUUUCAUCUUCUUUCUCUAUUGUUCUUUUCAUUUUUCCCUUCUUCUUUUCUUUUAUUCUUUCUUUACUUUCUUUCAUUUUUUCUCUAUUCUUUCUCUUCAUUUUUUCUUCUUCUUUCUUUUAUUCUUCUUUUUAUUCUUCUUUACUCUUCUUUCAUCCACUUCUUUUUCUCUAUUGUUUCUCUUCAUUUUUCCUCCUUCUUCUUUCAUUUUUCUUCUUCUUUCUUUUAUUCUUCUUUACUGCUUCUUUCAUCCACUUCUUUUCUCUAUUGUUUCUCUUCAUUUUUCCUCCUUCUUCUUUCAUUUUUCUUCUUCUUUCUUUUAUUCUUCUUUACUGCUUUUUCUUUCCUUUUUCUUUUUCUUCUGCUUACCAUUCAUUAUCCGUUUUUCAUUUUUCAUUUCCUCCUCUUCUUCUUUCCAAUCUUUUUCCUGUUUUCCUUUUUCCAUUCAUUUCUUCAUUUUUCAUUUGUUCUUCUUUUCUCCAUCAUCUUCUUCAUUUUUCACUUCCUCUUCAUGCAUUUGCCUAUUCACACUCAGUGCCUCUGCAUACUGA